AUGGCGCUGUUGAAUCCGGUCUAUGCAUUCGUUGUUCCAUUCUUGUUUGUUGUCACCGUUCCUCUAGCCAUCUUUGCUGGCAUAACCACGACGCUUGCCUUUGGCGUUCUCAUCCUCCGCGUUGUCAUAGUCUAUCUGGAUGUUGCCCUCUCACUCAUACCGCAAUCUCUGGCGAGUUUCAAGCUUCGGCGGCGGUAUAUAAGCCACGAGGCACGAAUGCUCCCAUCUUUCAGCACUUGGUACGGGAGCAGCAACGGGGAUAGCUCAGCAGCAGCAUCUACCCAGCAGGCAGCGCCAUUACACCUCCGAAGACGUCGCCGACCCAGCAGCAGCCUCAGCGUCAUAUCGACGGGUGGCUCUACCACGCCCGUCAGUGAGUUUGGGCUAGGGUUGAUGCCCAGCGUAGGGCCAGAGCGAGACUUUGAGGGGAUCGGAGGCUGGCGGUCCGGCGAUGACGAUGAGGUUUGGACGACAAUCAACUCUCGAAUGGAAUUACCAGAUCGGCAAUUUACACGACAUCACUAUCGAUCUGCGUCUGGCGGCGGAGCCACAACACCAGGCGACGGCGGAGUCUUGAUGAUGAAGACCAGGCGUAGGAGUCCAGAAUCCAAGACCGUAGUGCGAGCGGCCACGUCGCCAAACAGCUCGAGAGCUAGAACUCCUUCGGCUUCACGCGUGCAAAAUCUGACAACUCUUGGCAACGCUAACUCGGACAGUUACUUUCCGUUGGCCAUGUCUCCGAAGGCCUCCAAGAAGAUGUCAGUAUAA